CAGACGCAUACUCUUCAACGGCGUCACUUUUCUCUUUGCCUGUGAUAAAGACAGUGUGGAGAUGGAGUGCAUUACACAUGUCCAGUAGUCAGACCAUGCCCUCCGCAAAAAGCAAUAUAGAUCCGGCUCGGUCCCGCGUCUGCAUCCCGCAACUGCUUUUUAAUUAAAUUUAUGACAUAUACUGUUUGUUUUCUCCGCAGAUGCACUCGUUGUCUCUGUAGAUCAUGGCCCUUUCUUCCUUUGACCUGAGCUACGUGCUGUACGUUGGCGUUGCUUUUGUCGUCGCUCGUAUCUUUUACGACCUCUUAUUCUCGCCUCUCAGACGCAUUCCUGGCCCUCUUGCUGCAAAGUAUACGGACUUUUAUCGGGCGUUUCUUGCCACUAAGGGAAAUGUUGAUGGGCAUAUGCGAGCAUGGCAUCAGAAAUGGGGUUCUGCUGUGCGGGUUGGUCCAAAUACGAUCAGUAUCAGUGACCCAGAUCUGAUUCGUGUCAUUUACACGACGAGAAACCCUUGGCGAAAAACUAAUAUGUACCGCCCCAACGAUGUCGUUGUCAACGGCCAGCGCAUGCAGAACAUUUUCAACACUGCAGAUGAGGACUUUCACACCAAGUACACCAAACCUAUCCGGGGCUUCUGGACUCUCCCCAAGAUGCUGGAGGCUGAGCCCAUCAUGGACGAGACCCUCUGUGAGCUGAUUACUCACCUAGACAAUCGCUUUGCCAGCACCGGUUAUGUCUGCAAGAUGGAUGAAUGGGUCGCUUAUUAUGCCUGGGACGCAGCUGCCAAUAUCAGCUUUGGCCGCAACUAUGGCUUCAUGGAUCAAGCUGCUGAUGUCGAGAACAUCAUUGCUGAAAGCACGGCUGGACUCAAGUAUUUCACACCCGUCAGCCAGAUCCCGUGGCUUGACGAGUGGUUGGACAAAAAUCCCAUCUGGCGUAUUGGCCCGCGCCCUCUUGUCAAUGGCGUAUUGUACACCGUCAAAAUCCUCACAGAGUACCAACAGCAAGUGGCUUCUGGUGCUGCGAAGCGUAAGCCCGUGGAUCUCUUCAUCGACAAGUAUAAUAGCUUGAAGGAAACUGUCGACUAUGUUGAUGACCAACAGAUUCUGAACUGGCUUAUGCUGAAUGUCUUAGCUGGCGGUGACUCGACAGCUGGUGCUAUGCGUGCUCCGGCUUACCAUCUUCUGAAGAACCCUGCUGUCUGUGAGAAGAUGGUCGCCGAGCUCCGUUCUGCCAACUUGACUCUGCCCGUUCCCCAAUGGAAGGAGAUCAGUCAAUUACCCUAUUUCGAUGCAGUUAUGCGUGAGUCUAUGCGAAUCUCACCCGGUGUCGGUCUCAUCCUUGAGCGUGAGGUUCCAAAAGAAGGCCUCGAACUUUCAGAUGGUCGCUUCAUUCCCGCUGGAACAAAAGUCGGCAUCAAUCCUUGCGUAAUCACUCGCGAUGUUGGUGUCUUUGGUGAAGAUGUCGAUACCUUCCGACCUGAGCGAUGGCUUCGCAGCAAAGGUGAAUCUGAACAGGGACAUGCUCAACGCGUGCGACGAAUGCACGAGUGUACUGAGAUGAUGUUUGGACACGGCUCACGAGUUUGCAUGGGUAAACACAUGUCCAAGUUGGAGAUGUAUAAAAUGUUUGCUACGCUUUAUGUGAACUUUGAUGUUCGUAUAACUGAUCCGAACCAUAGAUGGAAGUAUGAUAACUCCUGGUUCAUGUAUCACAAAGACAUCCCGUGUACUAUUAGUCGUAGACAGAAGUCGUAACUGUGGGGAGAUCAAUACAUUUUCUUCCUUUUCAUUAUCCAACUUAAAAAGAAAAUGGAGAUGGAUUCCUGGUAUUAGUACCAGACGAUUAUCUUGAGCAUUCCCAAUCGCGUCCCGACAACUCCUGCCUUGAAUCAAUGUAUUCUACUAGCUUUAAAGUUUAUCUAAGAGGGAAGGGGGUUAUAGCAUAUUCUUCCGAGAAUUGUGAUAUAGUUAAGGAGAAAGCAGAUUUAUUAACUUAGUAUUGUUUAGUUAUUUGAAUUACUGGCUUUAUAAUGUAAGGAGGUUAAGAUACUAGAUAAGUUAAGUUGAUUUAAGUUUAAUCAAGAGUUAAAAUACCUGCUGUUGAGUUAAGAACGUUCCCCUUAUUCACCAUCAAGU